AUGAUUGAAGAGAUUGACGUAAAUAUGGACAGUGAACAACGUAAGUCUUACCUCUACAUGACUAUUGUAAGGAACUAGAAAGAAUAUAUAGCAUUUGUUUUAAUUUCUCGAUGUAUUUUGUUUUUAUUCACCUAAUUGGCUAAUAAUAGUACUAUAUUUUACUUCUGCAGUUGAUGUGCCCCCUAUGUUUUCUUCGACACCAAUAAAAUCGAAACCUCUAGAGAAGACAACUGAGUUACAUCUUAGUAUUGAUUCCAGCGAGUAAGCCAACUACUGCAAUUUAAUUUAAAUAUUAAGAUUAGAGUAUAUGUGUGUGCGUGAUCAUAAUUCAAUUAAUUUAUGAUGGUGAAUAUCAUUGUACAGUAUUAAAUGUACUUUGUACAUUACACUUAUGUAUGGAUCAGAAGAAGAUGAUAUACUAAACAUUACCAGUUUAUCACAAUCCUCGGAUAACCUGAAUCAAAGUUACAGAAUUUUAGAUGACACAGUAUCUGUACAUCGCUCAUCACCAUCGGAGAGCAGUUCAAGUGAUGUGGGCAGUGAUUCACACCUGAAUUCAUUAUCUGAAUGUUCAUUGAGUGAUGGAAAUAGUGAUAAAGACAGUGAUGAAAAUAUAACGUGAGUCAUAUAGUAUUGUAAGUUUUGUUUACACUACCAGCCUUGGCCUGGAAUUGGCCUACAUUUUGACAGAGUGAAAACAGACCUUGGCCUAGCCUUGGCCUGACCUAGGCCAAUAAAUCUGGGCUCACUACAACUGGUGGCCUAGUCCUGGCCUAGGCCUGUGGAAAUGUAAACACUUUCAGCCCUGGCCUGGGCAUUAUUUCCGUGGCAACGUGUUCCUGCAGUGAGAGAUUAGCGGCCACCAAUGGACAAUGUCACAACACAUAAAAAUACACAAAAUUAAUUACAAAAGUCUAGGCCAAAGUGAUCCAGUCUCAAAAAAACCCACAGUGUAAUGGUGUGAGCACACCACAUUUACCUUGGUCCGGCCAAGGUUAGGCCAAGGCUUGUAGUGUAAACACAACUGUAGUUUGUAUGGAUAAAAAUCAAUGAACCUCAAAAACUCAACAUACUGGUAGUAAUUAAGCUGUAAAUUUAUAACCAGAUGGACCUAUGACUUAAAUUUUUAAUGACUUAAAUUUUUAUAAAAAUGUCAAUGCUGUGUCUGUUAAGGUUGCUUUCCAUCCUAAAUUAUUAAAAAUUACUUUUACCAUUGUAAAAAUCUUUGUGGUGCAUGUCUGAGCUUACUAUAAUUCAUUAUACAUAGCUCUUAUGGUGGUUAUGUACCCGAAUAAAUUGUUAUCUAUUGAAUAUAUUGGAAAGUGAACUCUAAGGCUAUGCAAUGAAACAAAGCUUAUAUACAUGCACUGAAAAUUUUAUAUAGAAAAAUGUCUGUUAAUUAAAAUAAGGGUCAUAAUGCUAGCCAUUGUUGGAAACAGGAUAAAAUGUGCUGGUUGGAUGGGGCUUAGUAAACGACAACUAUUUCACUGAAAUGUUUGUCAUUUUGCAGGUUCUUUGAAAUUGAAGAGGAAGAUGAGCAUGGUGAAACAUCUGAGUCAACAUCUGACAUACUGGUGCAACCACCUCCCCUCCCCUCUGAUAUUUGUGAAUCAUCUACGUUUGAUAAUUAUUUUGUAUCUGAGCAACCCAGGCAGUCUCCACCGAAAACAUUUUUCGCCCCCAAUGUUAAACAAAGAUCACAUGAACUGAAAAGGGAAGAACAUAAUGUAAAGCACGAAGAGCAGAUUAAACUUGCUAAAUCGACCAAAAUAAUUUGCACGCUAGAUUUGUUGCUUCAGAUCUUUCAAGGGAAAUGCAGGCAUCCAACAUGUAAUGACAAAGUGUAUACAAAGCACACUUUAAUUGGCACAUGUGUACUGAUUGAGUGGACAUGCCAUAGUGGUCAUGCUGGGAAAUUCUACUCUUCUUAUGAUUGUAAUCGGAUAGCUGCCACAAAUCUGCAAACUGCAGCAUUCAUUUUGUUAUCAGGAAACAUUUUUUAUAAAAUGGAGAAGUUUGCCAGAUUCUUAGGGUUGUCAUUUAUUUCAAGUUCAACAUUUUUUCGUUUCCAAAGGCUUUAUUGUUUACCAGUUAUAAAUGAGUGGUGGGAAUGGCAUAAAGGUUUUUUGCAGAACAAACUGAGAGGGAAGAAAAUUGUGGUGUCUGGGGAUGGUCACUGUGACUCUCCAGGCUACUCACCUAAGAACCUGUGCUAUUUUCUGAUGGAGAUGGAAACAGAUUACAUUAUUGACCUUCAUAUUGCUGAAAAAACGCAAACUGAUCUAAAAUCAGCCAAUAUGGAACGUGAAGCUCUGAAAAUUAUUUUAAACCGAUUAAAAAAUGUCCUUGAUGUUAGAGAGGUUGUUACAGAUGCUUCAUCUAGUAUAAUCAAGAUGUUAGGUGAAUAUUUAAUAAUAUUUCUUUGGAUAAUAGUGGACUUAAUGACCAGUGGAAAAGCGAGCCCAAGAAUUUGGUCAUGCAAUGCAAAUUUGUAAUCAUUAUUCAUUUCUUUGGAAAUUGAUUGUUUUCACAGUCUAUUAACAUGGAAAUAUUUGCAUUGUAUGACCAAAAUGUGGGCAGGCUUCACCACUGUUAAUGAUAUGUAUUAUUAAUCAGGAUGGUGAAAGUUAUCAUUUUAAUUUUUUUUAUGUAGAGGAUGAAUUUAAGAAUAUCUUUCAUUCAUUGGAUGUUUGGCAUAACUCUAAGAAUAUCAGAAAGGCCAUUACCAAGAUUUGUAACAAAACUAAUGUGCCUGUUGAUAUGUCAAUGACAUAUUGUUAG